CACUGGUGGUGGAGGCAACGGUGCGGGUGUGGGACGCUUGGGGUGGUAGAAAAUAAACCCACAGAGAGGGUGAGAGCGAAGAUUGAGGAAGAUAUGAUAUCAAAUGUACAAAAUUGAUCUCACAUAUUAAGCUACACACACCAUCAUCCAAUAAGUGGAUUUUCCUGCAAUCUCCGAGUGUGUGAUAAAUUUAAGUGUAUUAAAGGAAAAUUUAUUAAGUUAUCAAAUUGUGAGAAAGUUAGUGGUCACUUGUGUCUCACAGAGUGAAAAGAAAAAUUAUUUUUGCAGUUAAAAAAAAGUGUAACAAACUGACAUCCAAAAGAAACUUCAUUUUAUUAAAAUAAAGCUCCCUGUGUGCAAGGAGCAAAGGGCAAAAGGCAAGAGGUGUUAUUGUAUGGAGAAAGAACCUGAAGGAUGUGAGAAUAUUACAUUCAAAAAGCAAUGAAAAUAUCUUCAGUAGAAUUCCUAAUGGGGUCCCCUAAUUAAAAUAUAAGAGCUAAACUUACAAAGCAAAUAGCAUAAUUUCACACACAUACAUAAAGUGGAAAGCUUUUAAAGUUCUUCAUUAAGUAUUCGAAAUAUUAUAUAUAAUUCCGUAUAUGAAUUAAUAAAAUCCGUAUAAUGAAAUAGAGAAACAGUGAAAUGAUAAAGUGGACCCACUACUCCCCUAAACAGGUGGAUUUGUGUAUGAUUAAAUCUUCCUAAUAUUUACACACAUUACUGUGAUAAAUCACAUAAAAAAGAAGAAAAUUCAAAUGAAAAUUUAAAUGCUUUAAAAUAACUAAACACGGAGGGAUUUUGCUGAGAGAGGCGACAAUUUUAUUGGAAGAACAAAAAUAUCUUAGAAGGAGCAAGAAGUUAAUUUAUCACUAUGGAGGAAUGGAUGAAUAUUUAGUCAAAAAUUGGAAUUAAUCAGCAGCAUUAGCGCCAGCUAAAUCAUCAUUAAGUGAAACUCCUUCAGAAUAAAAAAAAAUCAUGUAGUAAAAUUAACAAAAAAAAUAUAUCCUAUAGUAAAUUUAGAGCAGCGCUUUAUCAGUAUUACUGAAAAGUAACAAAAUGCAAAUUUAAUAUAAAAUGCAUAGAGUAAUAAAGAAUAAAUUCAACUUUAAUGUGAAAGAUUGUAGAAAAGAGAUAAAGUUGCAAGAAUCAAAUAUCUCUACGCUCACAGAGAAUCUUUCAGCAGGGAAUUAGGAAAUAAGAUUGUGCUGGAGACAGGAAAUUCAAUCAGUACGACUAAGACAGGAUAUACAUUACAUAUAGAGGGAAGGACGCUUAAAGGAGAGAGUUGAAAAAAAGAAAGAAAGAAGAGGAAAAUGACGAACUCAUCCACAAACGCCACACAUCCAACUAAUCAUGGUGGAUUUUUGGGUGGUAAUGCAACCGUUAGAGGCAACGCAUCAACGAAUGUCAUGGAUGUUGCCACACUGUCCACGGCACUCACGUCCGAAAUUGCAGAUGUCACCACGAAUGAAGGUGCAAACCAACGGGAGGGCAAUAGGACGUGGGUGUUGUUCUACGAAACGUCCGGUAAUGGCAAAUAUCACAAGUACGAACAGAGCUUCGAUACUGGAACAAAUUUUAUGCUUCUCCUUGAGGAAUUUGGGGAGUAUUUCUACAACUACAAUGGGACCGAAGACGAUGCCAAUAAUUCCAGCAAUUUCACCGGCACGGACUUUGAUUUCUCACUCAAUUGCUCAUUGCUCAAUUCCACAUGCGCCCCCACUACUCCAGUGGAAUACAACUACUGGGCUCUUCUCCUCAUCCUCUUCCCAUUUUUAACGCUCUUCGGCAAUGUCCUCGUAAUUAUGUCGGUGUUCCGCGAGAGGGCACUGCAAACUGUGACCAACUACUUUAUCGUAUCUCUAGCAAUAGCGGACCUGCUUGUAGCUGUCGUUGUUAUGCCAUUUGGUGUAUACAUUUUGGUGAAUGGAACGUGGUCUCUGCCCAGUUUUGUGUGUGAUUUUUAUAUAGCAAUGGACGUCAUUUGCUCAACGUCAUCCAUCUUUAAUCUAGUCGCAAUAUCUAUUGACAGAUACAUCGCCGUGACGCAACCGAUCAAAUACGCAAAACAUCGCAAUAAUGGCCGCGUGAGUCUCACCAUACUCCUCGUAUGGGCUAUAUCAGCUGCCAUUGGAUCCCCAAUUGUAUUGGGUCUCAACAAUACACCCGACCGCGUGCCCGAUUUGUGCGUCUUCUACAACAGCGACUUCAUUGUCUACUCAUCGUUGAGUAGCUUCUACAUCCCAUGCAUAAUCAUGGUGUUCCUGUACUGGAAUAUUUUCAAAGCACUCCGGGUACGGGCACGGAAACAGAGGGCAGCACGAAAGCAGAACAUAUCAGAUUUGGAAACUGGGGGUAGUGUCAUUGAGAAUAUAGCGGAAACGCGUAAAUUUGCUGAGACGAUGCUAAGUAAGAAUGGAUCAAAUCCAAUUGCGGACGAGGAAAGGCUCACGAAUACGGCGUCGGGAUCUGGGGAAGCUGACGAUGAUAUCAUUGGAUCUCCUGAUGUUGAUGACUGCCAUGUUAUUGUCAAUGAUAAAUCAACUGAAUUUAUCCUGGCAACAGUUGUCGAGGAGGCUGGAAAUGUUAUGGCUCAGAUCUCCUCACCGACUUCCAAGGAAGGCAAUGGGAGGCACGAAAGCCGAUACUCCCCGAAAGCAGCUGCACAUCCCUCUGAUGAAAUCAUGGUGGCUCCACCGUGUACAUCAGAACUGGCCAUUGGGAGUAUUCUCAUCAAUCGCAACGUGACAUCAGGGAAUGACCUCAAGGGAGGCAAAUCAUCCACAAAGUCCGAGCAAUUGAAUGUGACCGUUAAGCCUAUGCCCUUUGAAAAGAGGGGCUUCCAAGAGGCAAUAACACUUGCACGCCACAGUUCCACCCUUUCGACCAUCUCGUCUGGCGGUUCUAGGAAGGAGAAUAAAAACUCACAAGCAUCUAGGUUCACAAUAUAUAAGGUCCACAAAGCUUCCAAGAAGAAACGUGAAAAAUCGUCCGCUAAGAAGGAGAGAAAAGCCACGAAAACUCUGGCUAUAGUUUUAGGUGUUUUCCUCAUUUGCUGGGUCCCAUUCUUUACGUGUAACAUCAUGGAUGCCAUCUGUACAAAAUUGGAGCUCAGUUGCAGCCCCGGCGUGACGGCUUUCAUUCUCACAACAUGGUUGGGGUAUAUGAAUAGCUUUGUUAACCCAGUGAUUUACACUGUUUUUAAUCCCGAAUUUAGAAAAGCAUUUAAGAAAAUUAUACAUAUUGGGAAUUAAUUAAAAAACAAAACUUGUAAACUAAAUAAUAAAUUAUACAUAAUUAUCUCAUAAAGUAGGUAAAAAUUGAUAAAUAAAAAAAAACAAGUAAUAAAGUGAGAGAAAACCAAAAAAAUACUAUCUAAUUUGAAGAGAUAUAAUGCAAAAGAAAAAAUAAAAUAGCGAUAAAGUGAAGGCAUUCAAUAAAGAGAAAAAAAAGAAA